GCGCUCGGACGCUCUCGUGGAAGUAAGGGCUCCCGAAGUGUUCGUGAGAUCUGUGGGAAGGGAGGGGGCACAGAGCCCCGGCCUCGUCUCCUCGUUCUUCGGAUCCGAACUCGUUUGGCACGGAACUUUCUGCCCCGCUGGUUCCGCUCCGGGGAGUUCCAGAGCGUGGCUUUGAUGCUGGGUCCCACCUCGCCCCGUGUCUCGCUGCAGGAGCGUUUGCUUUAAAGCUGACUGCUGUACGAAGGCUCUGUCAGAAGCAGCUCUCUAUUUUUCCGUAUUUUUUAUGGUGCGUUUUCCUGGUGAUCUGAUUCUCGUUCCUUGGAGAGCGCGGUGUUUAGGUGAAGUACUUCACAGGGCCCCCAAUAAGCAGUUUGUGCUCCCAGCACCUUAACCGCAGUGAGCCCAAACCGGUGCCCCUCGUGCAUCGGGUGGGCUGAGAAGUGAUGUGCUCGUUUGUCUCUUUUGACACUGAAAUAAUGCCUGUUUUCAUUAAAAACAAAACAAAAAAAAAAAAUCCCCAAAACGAUAUCUUACAGUGAAUGCAGUUUGGAAAGCUGCUUUACUCCGUAUGUUAAAGUAGUUUCGACCAUGGAAGUUGAAGUGUAGAGCGAGCCGGAAUUAUUCCCGGCCUAUGGAGGGUCUGGGUGUGAUCUGCUUACCUUGGGAAAGCUGUCCACUAAGUUCCCAGAGCUCCUGUAGCUGGCAGGGUGUGCCCUCAGCGUCCGUGUGCUUGGGCUGUGAUUUCUCCUACCCAAAGUGAUGCCAAGUUCGGUGUCCGGUUGAUCCUUACUGCGUGCAGGGAGUCUGGAUGUAAGGGCUGCUUUGGGAAGCCACUCAGGUCCUGCCCCCGCUGCUUAAUUUUCUGUCUUUGAGUGCAGGGAUCAUUCCAUUCCACGUAGAAAAAGUAAUCAUCGUGAAAGGUUUUAUUGCCAAUUCUUUGAGAAAGCAAAGCAUGAGUCCCAUAUUGAUAUGAGAACGCAGCUGAAGGUAUAAUAACUUGUAGGAGGAACAAACAGAAACAUCGCAUUUAUUAAAAAAAAAAAACAACAACAGAUUGAUACUGCUGUGGGGCGAGUGCUGUGCAGUUUAUCGUGUGGGUUGCAACAACGUUCUGGGCUCCAUAGUACUUGGCAAGUAAAAGCUUUUCCUGUUGGAUAAUUGUAAAGGCUGUCCCCUGCUAAGGCGACUUUAUGUAAAACAUUUCCUGUGCCUGAGGCCCGCAGGAGGAACAGGAAGCAGGAGCAGUUGCUCGGGGGUGAGGCCGAGAGUCUUGGAAACUGGAGAGAUUCCUUCAUCUUAGUGCGCUUCGCUGGGAAUGCCUUAAUUACCGAGAUCCGUGGGUUCAAUCAUUGUCCAAGAUAUAACAGUUGGUACAAAGCGGGGAUCUGACGAGCUUUUCUCUACUUGUGUUACUAACGGACCCUUUAUCAUGAGCAGCAACACUUCUUCUGCAGCUAAUGGAAACGACAGCAAGAAAUUCAAAGGGGACAGCAGAAGUGCUGGGGUCCCAUCCAGAGUAAUCCACGUCCGUAAGCUCCCCAGUGACGUCACGGAGGCUGAGGUCAUCUCUCUGGGCUUACCUUUUGGCAAGGUCACCAACCUUCUGAUGUUGAAAGGAAAAAACCAGGCUUUCAUAGAAAUGAAUACAGAGGAGGCAGCCAACACCAUGGUAAACUACUACACCACAGUCACUCCAGUCCUUCGAAGCCAGCCCAUCUACAUCCAGUUCUCCAACCACAAGGAGCUGAAGACAGACAACUCACCAAACCAAGCACGUGCCCAAGCAGCUCUGCAAGCAGUGAAUUCUGUUCAGUCAGGAAACCUAGCACUGCCAGCCCCUGCUGCAGCUGUGGAUGCGGGAAUGGCGAUGGCUGGCCAGAGCCCUGUGCUGAGGAUCAUUGUGGAGAAUCUCUUCUAUCCUGUCACUCUAGAUGUUCUGCAUCAGAUCUUUUCCAAAUUUGGUACAGUCUUGAAAAUAAUUACAUUCACGAAGAACAACCAAUUUCAGGCUCUGUUACAGUAUGCUGACCCCAUGAGUGCUCAGCAUGCCAAACUGUCUUUGGAUGGGCAGAAUAUCUACAAUGCCUGUUGUACGCUGCGCAUAGAUUUCUCAAAGCUCACAAGUCUCAAUGUCAAAUACAAUAAUGACAAAAGCAGAGAUUACACACGACCAGACCUACCUUCUGGGGAUAACCAGCCCCCUCUCGAUCAGACUAUGGCAGCUGCUUUUGGUGCCCCAGGAAUAAUCCCUGCCUCUCCGUAUGCAGGAGCUGGCUUUCCUCCCACCUUUGCAAUUCCUCAGGCUGCAGGUACUGUACUUCGCUUGACAGUUCAAAAUGUUCAUGGAGCACUAGCUCCUUUGGCUAUCCCAGCAGCAGCUGCAGCGGCUGCAGCAGGACGGAUUGCCAUUCCCGGCCUCGCUGGGGCAGGGAACUCUGUUCUGCUGGUUAGCAAUCUGAAUCCUGAGAGAGUUACACCCCAAUGCCUCUUUAUUCUUUUCGGAGUCUAUGGUGAUGUGCAGAGGGUGAAGAUUUUAUUUAAUAAGAAAGAGAAUGCCCUGGUUCAGAUGGCUGACGGAAACCAGGCUCAGCUUGCCAUGAGCCAUUUGAAUGGCCAGAAGCUCCAUGGGAAGCCGAUCCGUAUAACGUUGUCCAAGCAUCAGACAGUGCAGCUUCCCCGGGAGGGACAGGAGGACCAAGGUCUGACCAAGGACUAUGGCAAUUCCCCUUUGCAUCGUUUCAAGAAACCAGGCUCCAAAAACUUCCAGAACAUCUUUCCUCCUUCUGCCACUCUUCAUCUGUCCAAUAUUCCACCUUCGAUAGCUGAGGAAGACCUCAAGAUGUUGUUCUCAAGCAACGGUGGGAUGGUCAAAGGCUUCAAAUUCUUCCAGAAGGACCGUAAAAUGGCUCUGAUCCAGAUGGGCUCAGUGGAAGAAGCCAUUCAAUCACUCAUUGACCUCCAUAAUCAUGACCUGGGUGAGAGUCACCACCUGCGUGUGUCCUUCUCAAAGUCCACCAUCUAAAGCUUUGGAAGGCAUGAGACAGAAUGGACUUGACUUAACCUCUUGAGUUCAGCCUUGACCUUAAAGGGCUGAACACGAGGGUUUCAACUUCCAUCAUUCCAGAAAAAAAAAAAAAAAAAGCCACUUUAAAAAUGCAGCUGAA